GUUUUCUUUACGAUAUCUUAUUGAAGACAAUGAGCGAUAAUGGCGUCCACUGACGGUCAAAAUGUGCAAGUAAGCGAGAGUCAAAAUGCCGGAGUUCCAGAGAAUGGGACGGCCGGAGGAGAAGGUGACCAACAGCAGCAGCAACAGCAACAGCCCAACAUGUGGCAGAUGGUCAAGGGUAUGGCCUUCCGUAUGUUUGUCAUCUAUAUGAUCAUGAGCUUCUUCAGGGGUAGAUCCAGCACGCCAUCGGACACACCCGCUAAUGAGCCAGGCAAAGUAGCCACGAGGCCGGGCACCAAUCUCUUCGCUACUGGCACUCUCAUGGAUCUAAGAGUAUACAUAUCAGAAGAAGAGACUUUUACAGAGUUUAAUAAUUCCCAGUAUUUAUUCUGGGAGAUUGAAGAAUUAGAGUACGGUGAUUGGGAAGGUGGCCCCAGUGGUGAUGGAACAUUUGAACUGGAUAGUAAAAUUCAAGCGACAGAGAGUAUGAUGAACAAUGCAUCAAUAUACCUCCAUGUAUUCUUCACAAAGUCAGGGUAUUCUCCAGACCCAAGGCAGAGGGGAAAGUAUGCCAAGAAGUACACAGUGUCAAUCUCAAAAAGAAUUAAUAAAUUCAAGAAGAGGCGUUUCCAGAAGACUAAGAACUUGUUGACAGGAGAGACGGAAGCUGAUCCAGAAAUGAUUAAGAGAGCAGAAGCCGAAGGACCCGUUGAAAUUCUAUCACACUGGCAUCCGAAUUUGACAAUCGCCCUAGUUCACGAUCAUUCGCCAUGGAAACAAGGCAGUGUUCCUUCACCCCUGGACAAAAUGAUAAAAUUCCAUCCUUCUGGUGACUAUUAUCCCAUUGUAUUCAUCAAUGACUACUGGAAUCUUAACAGCGAAUACCAGCCAAUCAAUGAAACUACAGAAGAAUUGCCAUUCCGACUGACGUAUACCCCCAUGGGUCUGUUCAAGCUCCAGUUCUACGCAGCACAAACCAUGAGGAAUCAAUGGUCUCUACUUCUCGGAGAGGAACAAGGAAACGAAGAUGAAGAAGAAGAUGGUCUGAAGAGAGCCAUCUUAGAAACCAACCCAUACCUGCUUGGCCUGACAUUUGUUGUAUCCAUUGUACAUAGCAUCUUUGAGUUCCUGGCAUUCAAGAACGAUAUCCAAUUCUGGAACAGCCGCAAAUCUCUAGAGGGUCUGUCGGUCCGUUCAGUGUUCUUUGGUGUGUUCCAAUCCCUUGUGGUGCUUCUCUACAUCUUGGACAACGAGACUAACUUUGUAGUCAAGGUCAGUGUGUUCAUCGGGCUCCUCAUCGACUGUUGGAAGAUCACCAAGGUCACCAAUCUACAGUUUGACAGAGAGAGUUUAAUCCUUGGAUUCAUACCAAAGCUGCAGUUUGCUGAUAAAGACUCCUACACAGAAUCAAGUACAAAGCAGUAUGACAAAAUGGCUUUCAAAUACCUAUCCUGGUUACUGUUUCCUCUACUGGCUUGUUAUGCCGUCUACUCUCUCUUUUAUCAAGAGCAUAGAGGCUGGUAUUCAUGGGUGCUCAGCAUGCUCUAUGGAUUCUUACUUACAUUUGGUUUUAUCAUGAUGACACCCCAACUCUUCAUUAAUUACAAACUGAAGUCUAUAGCGCAUCUUCCCUGGCGUAUGCUGACCUACAAAGCACUUAACACCUUCAUUGACGAUAUAUUUGCAUUUGUAAUCAAGAUGCCUACCCUCUAUCGCAUUGGUUGCCUAAGAGAUGAUGUCAUCUUCCUUAUCUUCUUAUAUCAACGUUACAUCUAUCCGACCGAUUACAAGCGAGUCAACGAGUUCGGUACGACGGGUGAAAUGCAUGCAGCCGCAGACCAAAAUGCAGCCGUCAAUGGGGGCGCCACGCCUUCUAUCGAAGCCACAGAGAAGUCAAGUCAGGAGAAGAAAGACGAUUAAGCAAGGGAUCAUAUCUUUCUUGGUUUAUUUGAUGAUGAUGUGAGUGUUUCCCUUUUCCAACGUGUAUGUUUAAAGGUUUAAAUGAAAACUUUUGUAAAUUAUCUAAAACCUCCUCAAAGCCAACAGAUAUACAGCAAGGGAGCAUUCACAGAUUAAAAAUGUCAGUAAUUUGCACUGACUAUUUGUUAUAAGCUACCAAAAUUCUUGCAUCUGAUUGGCUCAGACCAAGUUUUGUCGUUGAUUUUCACUGACAAGAUGCUUGAUGAAACGAGGAUCCAUACAUAACUCCAUAGCCAUUGAGCUUGCAGCAUUCUUUGAUGAAAUAACACAGUCCAAAUUCCUUGUUGAAAGUUAGAACUCGGGUAGGAUCCAAAUGUGAGCUAGAGCAGCAAAGUACACAAUUAUGCAAACAGGACAUAUUAAACGAUGCGUAUGCAUAUCAGAUUUUACUUGAGCAAGACAAACAACUGUCUUGUGGUAUGCAUGGGUAAAGAGCUGAAUGAAUCUCUUUCUGUCUCUCUCUAUCUCUCUCUCUCUAUCCUUCCAUCUCUUUUCUACGUCCCAUGUACGUCACACAGCCAAUCGUCAUCUUAUCGAUGAAUGUGGAAUGUCAUAGUUUAUGAGGCUAAUAUUUUCUUUGUUCUACAGAAGUGUGAGUGUGUGGAUGAUCCUUGACUAGUAACUCUCUUUGGCAGCUCACUUUGUAUUAAGCAAUACCGUUUUUCGCUGCUUAUUAACAUUAUAGGUGGCAGAUCUAGCCAUUUACAGUACAUGAAGUAUCAUGCAAUAUGUUAGAGCAUUUUAUCAUUAAAUGUCUUGCCUGAUUGGGUAUUUCUUUGUUGGACAUUGGUUGUAAUCACUAUUCUUGCAUUAAUGUGAUUUUUUUUCUUAAACAAAAUAGGAAUUAUGGAUGUUUGUGAAAAAAUGAAGAAUUGCACCUGGUUUUUACCAAUGUACAUGUAAGUUAUUGUCUAUAUUCAAAGAUGUAUGAAUUGAGUUAUAAGAGAUUGAAUUGAUUGUGUUUUAUCAUGGAUUUGUACACUUUUAAGUCAUUCAUUGUGGUAUCAAGGCCACUCUCUGGCCUGAAUUCACAAUGGUGGUUUUAAAUAUGUGGAUUCGAAUCAUCUUUUAUGCAGAUUUUUGUCAUCAAUUACACUUAAUUCAUUGUGGAUAUUGUGAAAUCAUCCAGUAAUGACAGUGUGCUUUAUCUCAGCACUCUAUACUGGUGCUUUUUAAUGAGUUGACUGUUUGUUGGGAUUAAUUUACAUAAACAUGUAACUCAUAAAUACAGUAAUUUUAGUGACAAGCGUCAAUUUAGCUUAGGUGGGAAAUAUGAAUUCAUUUUUGGACAUAUCAAUAUAGGUGCUGAAAUUUGGGUAAUGGAGGAUAAGAUCUGCAUAAGAUAUAGUUCUAAACCAAUGGACUGGAAACCAACUUUGUUAAUUCGGGCCAGAAUUUUGCUAUUUCAUCUGACAUCCCCUCCAACUCAAACUUAUGCAUAGAACAGCCUUUAAAGGACAAGUCCACCCCAA